UGAUGAGAUUUGAGAUUUGCGGUGCAAAAUUGACGCAGAAAGACCUUCUCUUUGGUAGCUGCUAGGUGUAAUACCCCUGUAACGGGUGCCGACUUCAACCCGCCAGAGAAAAAAAAACGGGCCCGAGCUCCCGCAAGUUCCGUUCGGCUGGUUUGUCGUGUACCUAGUCAGUAGUACCUAGUGUCCGACAGCGCAAUCCAAAUUGCCCAAGGAGGAAAAAAAAAAAAGAUACCUUCUCGCGAACUUCGAGCAGUUCAGGACAAACAUCUCCAACCUGUCGUGUUUGCGACAACGAGUCCAAAGAGACAUCACUGCACUAUCGCCGAGUUGCAGUCCUUGACCUGCAGCUCAAUUAGAGUUAUCGACAACUUAGACACGUCUAUCUGGCUGUCUGUUCUGGCAUCCUUUCCACGUUUGCGAACGCCCACCACGACAAGCUGAAGAUCAGAUCAAAACCCUCACUUUGCAGACGUACCUAACAACCAAGCUACCUCCGACCGGCUCUCCAAUUCUCGCCUUCAACAGUCACACUGGCGCUCCAAGACUCCAAAAUUUUCGGCGCAGCUUCCGAAGCUGUGGCCAACAUGGCCCAGCCAAAUGCCGAACCUGUCGAGGAAGAAUACGACUAUGAGUCCCUUCCGCCCAACUUCUCCUUGGUGCAAAACAUGGCCGCCGGCGCCUUCGCCGGAAUAGCCGAGCACACCGUCAUGUACCCGAUAGACGCGAUCAAGACAAGAAUGCAGAUCGUGGGCGCCCCAGGCUCGACCGCCGCAUACAAGGGAAUGGUGGAGGGAACCUACAAAAUUGCCCUGAGUGAGGGCGUGCGGAGUUUGUGGCGCGGCAUGUCCAGCGUGGUCGUAGGAGCAGGACCGGCACAUGCUGUAUACUUUGCGACCUACGAGGCUGUCAAACACUUUAUGGGAGGAAACAAGGCCGGCGAACACCACCCACUCGCAGCCGUCACGAGCGGAGCCUGCGCAACUAUUGCAAGCGAUGCGCUCAUGAACCCCUUCGAUGUCAUCAAACAAAGAAUGCAGAUGAAGGGCUCCAGCAAGAUUUACCGAUCCAUGCCCGACUGUGCCAGGACAGUUUACCGCAAUGAAGGACUCGCCGCAUUCUACGUCUCAUACCCGACUACCCUUUCUAUGACAGUUCCCUUCACGGCACUCCAAUUCCUGGCCUACGAAUCGAUAUCGACCUCGAUGAACCCUACUAAGAAGUACGACCCCAUGACGCACUGUUUGGCUGGUGGUGUGGCCGGUGGUUUCGCGGCCGCGCUCACGACGCCCAUGGAUGUCAUCAAGACCAUGCUGCAGACGAGGGGCGCGCAUUCCGACGCCGAGCUGCGCAACGUGAACGGCUUUAGGGCUGGCUGCAAGCUGCUGUACGCUCGUGAGGGGUUCGCGGGUUUCUUCAAGGGUGUUCGCCCGCGUGUUGUAACCACCAUGCCCAGCACCGCCAUCUGCUGGAGUGCUUAUGAGGCUUCAAAGGCCUGGUUCGUGAGCCGCAACAACAGCUUGGAAUAGACGGAUCACCUGACACGUUAGACACCGCUUGACACAUCAUCUCACCUCCCCUGAGAAUCCGCCAUAACGACUUGCAGCUGCGCGAAUUUAGCAUGCAAAGCCCCCGAAACGCGGUUCUGGCCGAUUCCCGGAGGCGGCCACUUUCAGUAUCUCCAGCCCCGCAUCUCUAGGUACCAAAGAGGAGCCAACCCGCCUACAUAUCACUUGCUGCAGCAUAUUUGCCGUUGAGCACAAAAAAAAGCAGAAAAAAAGCCACAAUCGACGAAAGUGGGACAGUCGAUGAUGAAGGAACGUCAAAGUUCGCCAAGAAAAAAGAGCAAGAUAUAUAAAAUCUGGUUUCGGUCAUGUAGAAAUGGAAAGUCAUCUGCAAGGGGAGGUUCUGUAAAUAAUAGGGUUUUUUUUUCAUUCUCAUAAUUCGCGUUGUUGUUUUCGAUGUUUUGCUAAAGUUGUCUCAGCAACGCUGGACGAUGAAUAAAAAAGGACUUAAGUACCCCCUGAGAGAUAAUCCAAAGAGACAAAAAAGGGUAUUUAUUGAUCGUUAUAUUACUGUUCGUUCUACUCAUCAUUGACCACCUCGACUAGACACCAAAACUCC